CUCCGCCUCUCUCUGUCUCUGUCUCACCUCCACAAGCCGGGGGCUUUUUCAGAGCGACUCAGGAUAGCAGGAUGGAUCGAAGGACUUUUGUGUGCAUGUUGGCAGCUGGCUUGAGCCUGUUUCUACCGCGGACGGCGGCACAGGGAGAGAGUCAACCCAGACAGACGGGCAACAACACCAGGCCAGUAUUCCACUGUGGAGGUAAUCUUGUUGCAGACUCGGGGUUCGUUGGCAGUGAGGGAUUCCCCAACUUCUACAAACCUGACAAAAAGUGCACGUGGUACAUCACGGUCCCCGAAAGCAACGUGGUUGUGCUCUCCUUCAAAAUCUUUGACUUUGAGGCCGACCCACUCUGCAGCUAUGACUACCUGGAUGUUUACAAUGGACAUUCCCACACAGCACAGAAAUUGGGACGGUUUUGUGGAACGUUCCGGCCUGGCGCUCUCAUGUCAACUGGCAAUACCAUGAUGCUGGAGAUGGUUUCAGACUCCGGAUCGGGCGGCCGCGGCUUUUUGGCCUCCUUCAAUGGGGGCAAGCCACACGUGGAUGAACACCAGUUCUGUGGAGGCAAGAUCCAAAAAGCUCAGGGUUCUCUGAAGACACCCAACUGGCCAGAAAAGAAUUACCCUCCAGGCAUCACCUGUUCCUGGCACAUCAUCGUGGAAACUGACAUGGUGAUUGAGGUGAAAUUUGACAAGUUUGACCUGGAGCCAGAUAGCUACUGUCGUUUUGACUAUGUAGUGUUCUUCAAUGGAGGUCAGAACGACAACUCCCGGCGCAUUGGGAAGUACUGCGGGGAUUCAGUUCCCAAAUCCAUAGUGACAGAUGGGAAUCAGCUGCUGGUCCAGUUUGUGUCUGAUUCAAGUGUGACUUCCGACGGCUUCAUGGCCAGCUAUUCCAGCAUCCCCCGAGGGUCCAAGACCUCGACUAGAGAGGGUGAUACGUGGCCUGGAAGCGGAGCAGAAUCUAUUCCCCCCAAACCAAAACCAGGGCCCAGGGUUGAAUCCGUGCCCCUGAAACCUGACACCAAACCGGAACAACCCCCUCGACCUCCAAUUAUUGUCACAACAAGCACACCCACAACCACAACCACACCUGCACCCGGUGUUCCUUCUCUGCCAGAAACGGAAAAGCCCUUUGUAAAGCCUAAGACACCACUGUUCAGGCCCAAACCCGCCAAACCUAUCAAACCCAUUCAAAACCGAACUGUUGUGAGGAAACCCAGUGCCCCCAUUAACCCUUUAUGUGCUCAGCCAUGUAAGAGGGCUGGGACCAUUCAGAGCAACUUCUGUGACAGUGAGUUUGUGGUGAUUGGUACAGUGACAGCCAUGACUCCCAGCCCUAGGGGCAACACGACUCUGACCGUCUCCCUCAUCAAAGCUUUCAAAGCUGGACGGCUGACGAUUGCUCAGGCCGGCCAAACCAUGUCCAUCAAAAUCACCUCCACUUGCAAGAACUGUCCCAUUCUGCGGCGAGGAAUGAGCUAUCUCCUGAUGGGUCAAGUGAAUGAGGAGGGGCGGGGCAUUCUGGUGCCCGGCGGCUUCAAUAUGCCUUACAAGACCGUGCAACACAAGAUACUGACCAAUCUCCUCAAACGGCCUUGCUGAGCUUUCAAAUGAAUCCACCAAUCGGAGUGAUGGACAAAGGUCAUUUUCAGGUCCAUCCAGGAGUACCACAGCCCUACAGACAUAAUUUCAAAAAUAAUGAAGUGACAUAAUUACUCAUCACCACUUACUUUUCUUAAAGCAGAAACCUCUGCAAGUUGUGUAACGGAAUCAGCCAUUCUGAUUUCAGUUCCGAUCACAAUUUGCCGUUUACAUCCCCCUCCCCCCAUCCAAAAAACAAAAAACUAAACUAAACUGGAUGUCGUCUGUUUUCUUAAAUUGUUUGUACUUGUUGAUGAGCAGGCGCUAACAAGCCAAACACUAUACAUCAAUACGUAUAUCGGUUAUAUUAUGUCACAUUUUACAAACUUAUACAUGUCCCUCUAAUAUGUUUGUAAUUUAUAAUUUCUCCAUUAAAGGAUUUAUAACACGU